AUGGGGGAAAAUACCGGAAAUAAUGUACAGAGCACCACCAGAGAAAACGUACAGAUCACCACAAGAGAAAAUGUAGCUGGAGUGAAGCUACUGAGCCGGAGAGGUCUUCUAUGUCAGACUACUCUUCCUCGUCGGACUGGUCUUCGUCAGACUGUGGUGGGUGACUGGUUGGAGGAGGAAGAGACAGUGGUUGGAGGAGGUGAGACUACUCUUCCUCGUCGGACUGGUCUUCGUCAGACUGUGGUGGGUUACUGGUUGGAGGAGGAAGAGACAGUGGUUGGAGGAGGUGAGGUCGAUUCUGCAAAGAGGGAUUUGAGAGUGGUUUAA